ACAAGGACACACCGCUCCACACUUGUCUCAGGUGUCAGCUUCCCACGUUGCUCAGUCGGCCACACCAACUGAUCAAACUCUGGCGUAUCUACAGUAUGUGCACUAUAUUACAUAACCACCCACUGACUCUGCAUGUCAGCUUCUAUAAAUGAGAGACAGAAACAAGGCGACAGACAUUAGAGGCUUGAGGCUGAAGGUGUCACAGCUCAGAAUGGAGACAGGAAGCAGGAAACUGAGCAUGGCCCUGGUUGUGGUCCUGCUCGGCGUAUACACAGAAGCUUUAGUCUCCCGCCACAUGGACGACUUCAUCAGGGCAGUAAAGCAGGUGGAGGAGCAAGACCCCGGGUCUGAGCCAGCAGCUGUGCUCAAGAGGCUGCGCAGGGCGGCCGGUCUUAACGAUGCAUUCAUUCAGCACUUCCUCGGUAAUGCAGACUCUGGUGGUCCUGAAAUGGAUCCUGGUCUCUCGGACUACAUCAGGAAGGCAAUGCAUCACAGGGUGACUGAGGAUGCCAGAGAGGAAGGCGUGGUUCUGACCUCCGACGGCACCACUGUGGCCCUCGGGCCACUCCUCCUGGGCAUUGAGGCCAGGCUUCUCUCCAGGCGUGCUCAGGGCCUGUACCAGCUCACUCUGGCUAAAGACCUCAGCCUUUCUCUCAGGAGGAGCCCACAUCUGGGACCUGAUGGCUGCUGGGACAACUUCACCGCCCCUCAGAUCUUCACCCUCUCAGACACCCCCUCUCUGCUCACCACUGCUCAGGUCAAUGGAGGCAUGGACGGUGUGGUUCUAGGGAUGAAGGUCUCUGCCAAAUCCAGACGUCCUCUCAGGCUCAGCCGUCUGCUGACAGACUACUACUGCCACCAGCUGGGGAGUGAGGGACUGGACGCCGCUCCUCGCCUCAUCAGCCGGCGGCGCAGGGACAACUUCAGACAGCUGGUCACUGCUCCGGUGCUGGCCAGACAGGUGAUGAAAUCAGCAGAGCUGCAGCGUAGACUGAAGGGCCAAUCCAAGAUGGGUGUGAAGGAGAAGCAGCAGCUGGUGGCUGCGGUGAACGAGGGCAUGAAAGAGUUUUUCCACAUGUACAUGGAGUGCCCCCCCAUCAUUCCUCGGUGCAUGUGGGGUGCAGAGCCGUACAAAGGAACGCCCACCAACCUGUCUCUCCCUCUCUCCUUCCUGUACAUCCACCACACCCACACACCCAGUCAGCCCUGUCUGACCUUCCAGCAGUGCUCUGCAGACAUGCGCGCCAUGCAGCGCUUCCACCAGGUCGACAGAGGCUGGGACGACAUAGGAUACAGCUUUGUGGCUGGCUCCGACGGGCACAUCUAUGAGGGCCGAGGCUGGCACUGGCGAGGAGCCCACACCCUAGGACACAACUCUGUAGGCUACGGUGUGUCCUUCAUUGGAGACUACAUCAGCAGCCUGCCCUCCCAGCACUCCAUGGCGCUGGUGAGAGAUCAGCUUGCAUCCUGCGCGGUUGGUGGAGGGCGACUGGUAGCUGACUACAUCCUGCAGGGGCACAGACAGGUGGUGAACACUUCCUGUCCCGGAGAUGCUCUCUAUAAUGAAAUCACAGGCUGGGAACACUUCGGGGAGGUUAAGAAAUGAAAAUCUUCUGCCUGACAAGCGAAGGAGCCUCGAACCAAAUAAACAUCUGUCUGGCGUCUUUCGAACACUUUCACCUGUGUUGCGUCAAUCUGUCAUACAACACAUUUACUCAAGUGCUGAACUUAAGUAAACUCAGAGAUACCACAUGUGGUUCAUUUCAAGUAAAAGUAAACGGGUAUUGUGUGUUUAUUGUGUUAUUGCCGAAGUAUUACU